AAUCCACUUAUUUCCCGGGAAUUCCUGGUUAGUGUGGCAUCGACAGUGCCAAUCGCUUAUCUGCCUCAUAUCACGCUUGACGAUCUUAAAGCGCGGGGUUUGGCCCCUCCAGCCAGUCAGUCUGUCGCAUAAGUACCCUGCAGUUUGCACUCUGGUUUAGUGCAAGGAAACGGAAGAAUUCUAAUUGUCCUGAUUUCGCGAGGGGAACUUCAAGGCGCGGGGGAAAUGGCUACAACAGAUACUUGCGUUAAGCAAUCCUCCUUGGAGCAAGGGUUGAAGCCCAAAAGCGGUUCCGACAGCAUCCUCGAGCUCGAAGCCAAUCCCACUGAAACUGGCAGCGAACAAGAGCAGCAGCGUCCUCCCGACACUUUCGACGAACGAUAUCGCACCACAAGAUGGGAAAUAUGGGCGUAUUAUGCUUACUAUAUCGGCAACAACGGAUUAUCCCUGUUCAACUUUGCGCCAACUGCGUUUCAGAAUCUCUUAACGCAAGCCGCAGGCGAUCAAGGCACCUUGCAAUUCGCUGGUCGACCGCGGUCGGUCAAUAGUAUUGUCCUCCUCUGCAAUGGCAUUUCGUUUGCGAUCCAGGUAGUCAUAUUCCUGGUCAUUGGUAGUUUCGCGGACUUUGGGUGCUGGAGGCCGAACAUCCUCAUUGUGCUGUCGAUCGUCGCGUGGGCAAUUGGCUUUGCGUGGCUGGCGGUGCACGAAGCGGACAAAUGGCAAGUCGGCGUGGGAUUAUACAUUGUCGGUUUGAUCGCGUACCAGACCACUCUCACGUUCUGGACGGCUGCGUUUCCUGGUCUCGCGAGGAAUACCGCUGAGAUGCGAGAUAAGGCGGAUAAAUAUUCCGCGGGACAAAUCUCGAGGGGAGAGUAUGAUCAUGCGGACUCAAUGAAGCGCACUCAAUUGUCCAAUGUAGCCUUUUAUGUCCAGUCAGUCAGCGAACUGUUCAUUUUGGCUAUCAUUGUGGGUAUUAUGUUUGGCUUGAACGUCAACGCGAGCGAAGCGAAUAACAAUUGGGGAUUGAGCGUUCUAAUCGCCUUUGCCAGUGGCGUUUGGCUUUUGGUUUCAAUCCCAUGGUUCCUGCUUGAGAAACGCCGGCCGGGCCAGGAUCCGCAGGGGAACAAUAUUAUUGUCGCAGGAUUGACGCAGCUCAUUCGCGCGUUGAAAGUUGUCUGGACGUUGAAGCAGAGCCUGGUUUAUCUCGUUGGCUACUUCCUUCUUGGUGAUUCCUUGAACACCACGGUGACUGUGAUCUCCACGCUACAGAAUAAUAUCGUAUCGUACAACUCCCUUGAACUGACAUAUGUCUUGCUGGCUGGUAUCGCUGCUCAGGCCGUCGGCAUCUAUGCAUUCUGGUUUUUCCAACGACGCUUUGAUCUGACCACCAAGACCAUGUUUAACAUUGUUGCCGUCGCUAUCAUUCUCCUGGACGGCUGGGGCAUGAUUGGGAUCUGGACACAGAAGUUUGGUUUUCAUCAUCUCUGGGAAAUCUGGGUAUAUCAAGUCUACUACGGCCUCCUCGUUUGCCCGUGGUACAGUUACUCAAUGAUCAUGAUCUCUGAAGUAACACCACGAGGCCACGAGUUUUUAUUCUUCAGUCUCUUCAGCAUCAUUGGCAAAACCUCCUCAUUCAUUGGACCUCUGGUGUCCAGCGCAAUCAUCGAUGCGUCGCCGACGGGGAACAAUUCAACUCCGUUCUAUUUUCUGUUCGCAUUGAGUCUGGUUAGCUUCGCAGGGUUAGCCUUCUUCCUGGAUUUGAGGAGGAGUCAACAGGAGCAGGAGGAGUUUCUGAGGAAGAAAACACAGGGGACGGGAAGAUCGAUGUGACUCUGUGCUUGUAUACCUACUUGUUGUUCCUGAUGCAGUAAUGAAAUAGUGGAAGGCGAGGCGGUACUAUAGAUGGUUUCGAGUGGUUCCCAUCAUCAGCCCGAGGUCCCAGUUCCACUCUCGAUGAAUUCCAGAUGCG